AUUUUAGUGGUUUUUGAUUAAUUUAAGGGAUAAUUUUGUCGAAAGCUGGUACUAUUGGUAUCAGUAGGUAGUUUUAAAAAGUCAAACAUUUUUCCCAAUUUUAAAAACCUAGUGAUAAGGGUGUAUUAAAAUCAUAGAUAUUACACAAUUCAAGUAAUAAAAUUUAAGUAAAAGUUUCGAAAUCCACAAAAUGGUGCGAGCUAUUUUUGAAACUAUUGAUGAUAUGCCCUUAGAUAAUACAUUUAUAAAUAAAAGCAAUGUAGAUUCUCAAGUAAAAUCAAUAUUAUACAACAAUGUUGUGUCUCCUAAGGAUGAGAGGGCAUGGCUUAUGAAAGCAAUCACUCUAAUUGACUUGACAACACUUUCUGGUGAUGACACAUCAUCAAAUGUUAGAAGACUUUGUCGGAAGGCUGCAUAUCCAAUUCCAAUUGAUAUUAUGAAUCCUUCUGAUAAUCUUCACACUGCAGCUGUCUGUGUCUACCCUACAAAGGUGCCUGAUGUAUGUACUGCUCUGAAGGCUAUGAAGUUGGAAAAAAACAUACAAGUGGCUGCAGUGGCUACAGGAUUUCCGUCUGGUUUGUAUCCUCUCGCAACGAGAUUAGAAGAGAUUCGGAUGACCGUAGGGUAUGGUGCAACAGAAAUUGAUGUGGUUAUCGAUAGGAGUUUAGUUUUGACCGGAGAAUGGGAGACACUGUUUAAUGAAAUACAACAAAUGAAGAAAGCAUGCGGAUCUGCACAUCUCAAAGUUAUUCUUGGCGUUGGCGAAUUGGGAACUUAUUAUAAUGUGUACAAAGCUUCAAUGAUCGCCAUGAUGGCUGGAGCGGACUUCAUUAAGACAUCGACCGGCAAAGAAGCCGUAAACGCAACGCUACCCAUUGGUCUUGUCAUGUGUCGGGCUAUUAGAAGAUAUUAUCAGAUGACCGGUCAUAAGGUUGGACUUAAACCGGCAGGUGGAAUAAAAACUGUUCAGGAUACACUGAAUUGGUUAGUUCUUUUGUACACAGAGCUGGGUCCUGACUGGCUCACACCUGCCCUAUUCAGGAUUGGAGCGUCCAGUCUUCUGGACGUGAUUAUAAAUCAUUUAAAAUCCACAAAUCAGAUUAGCUGUAGCUGAUUUCAAACCAAAUCGAUUCAUGAAUAUCUUAUUUUAUCUAUAUAUCUAUCAGUCCACAGAAUAUAUUGAUUGUUAUUGUUAUCUGUAAGAAUAAAAUUUUGUUACGUUUUCUGAGAAAAGGUGAUUUAAGAGUAU